ACCACAAAAUAAAGAGUUAACGACUGGCGGCCCAUUUCCUCCUGCCUUAGGAAGAGAAACCUACACGGACUUCUUCCUGCCACUGCUGAGUCGCUGCCCUUCCGCUAUGGGGAUAAAGAAUAAGGAUGGGGAGACCCCUGGGCAGAUUCUGGGCUGGGGACCCCCCUGGGAUUCUGCUGAAGAGGAGGAAGAGGACGAGGCCUCUAAGGAGCGGGAAUGGAGGCAGAAGCUGCAGGGAGAGCUGGAGGAUGAGUGGCAGGAGGUCAUCGGGAGGUUUGAAGAUGACGCUUCCCAUGAGGCCCAGGAGCCCGAGUCCUUCUCAGCCUGGUCAGACCGCCUGGCCCGGGAGGGCGCCCAGAGGCGGCGGCGGCAGCAGCAGCGCGGGGCAGAGGGAGCCUGCCGACCGGCACGGGCUGCGGGCCCCAGUCACAGCUGGCCGCGGCAGGAGGAGGAGCAGCGGCGCUUCCGAGAGCGGGCCCGGGCCAAGGAGGAGGAGCUGCGAGAGGGCCGGGCCAGGCGGGCACAGGAGGCUCGUGGGGACCGAGGGCCAGAGCCAGCCAGGGCUGGGCCCAGGGCAGAGCCCCCAAGAGGAGCAGGGAGGGGCAGCCUCUGGCGCUUUGGUGAUGUGCCCUGGCCCUGCCCUGGAGGGGGGGACCCGGAGGCCAUGGCCGCAGCCCUGGUGGCCAGGGGCCCCCCGUUGGAGGAACAGGGAGCCCUGAGGAGGUACUUGAGGGUCCAGCAGGUCCGCUGGCACCCUGACCGCUUCCUGCAGCGAUUCCGAAGCCAGAUUGAGACCUGGGAGCUGGGCCGCGUGAUGGGGGCCGUCACGGCCCUUUCUCAAGCCCUGAAUCGCCACGCGGAGGCCCUCAAGUGACCCCAGGGAAAGAGUGAGAAACUGCAGGGAACGCAGCCUUAGAGGCAGGGCAGUAGUAAGGGGAAGGUCAGGGAUGGGGAUGACGAGGAAGAGGCUGAUGCUGCGCGGCGAAGGAUAAUGGGGUGGGAGCGAGACUUGUAAUGAGUGGGAGUGGGGAGGAUAUGGGCCACCACCACUGCUCCUUGACUCCUCUAGUUCCUAAUAAGACCUGGUUCCACAUCUCA